UCUGUGAUUAUCACUGGUUUGUCUAAUACAGUGGUAGAUGAGGAGAUAAUUGAUUACUUGAAACAAUAUGGCGCUAUAGAGAGACAUAUUGUAAUUCCGCAGUUGCCGGAUCAUCUAAUAGUAGAGUUCAAAACUGGUGCAGCUGUUGAAUUUCUAAAGCUGCCAUUUGACAGAACCGCCGAAGCAAACACCACAGUAGUUCACCAUGUUGAUGCAUUAGCCAAUACAUAUUCUAAUGAGAAAGGCAAUGACAUUGCAGACAAAUUUUUGUCUGAUCUUAAAACCAUGGCGAAAAUAAGUGGUAAAUCAUUUGAGAAUAUUUUGAGAGAGGGCUUAACUAGAAUAACGGAAGUUAUUGGAGAGUCAAACGAAGAGCCUGCUGAUGUUGAAGGACAUGAACCUGAUACAUCCAGAACUAUUAGUUCAGAAGUAAAUGAGAACAUUGCUCCAGCCACAGUAACUUCAGAAUCCAACAGAAAACUUCCAUCUGAACAGAUUAUCCCACCAGAAGUGCAACGUUUAGUUGUCGAACACAUUGUCAAAACCCCAGAUACCUCUUCGCAGAGUAUUUCCACUGCAAGGUUGCGACCAUUUUCAGGUAGGAUGCCAUGUCCAAAUUUUGAAGUAGACUAUGACACUUGGCGAGAUAGUGUUGAGUUUUAUUUAGCUGAUUCCACAAUUUCAGAUAGACAGAUUGUAAGGAAAAUUGUCGACAGUUUAUCAUCUCCAGCUGCCAGUGUAGUCAAGUCGUUAGGUCCACACUCAAGUUCCAGAGCGUACUUAGAACUUCUUGAUGCUGCAUUUGCUACAGUGGAGGAUAGUGAUGAAUUGUUUGCUAAAUUCCUUAGUCUUAACCAAAAUGCUGGUGAAGCAGCAUCCAACUAUCUUCAAAGACUUCAGAAUGUUUUGAACAAAUCUGUACAAAUGAAGGCAAUUUCAGUCAUUGAUGCAGAUAAGCAGCUUUUAAAACAGUUCUGUAGGGGAUGCUGGGAUAAUGACCUUAUAAGACAGCUUCAGCUAGAAAGUAAGGUUAAAGACCCACCCAGUUUCUCUGAACUCUUAUGGCUGCUGCGCACAGAGGAAGAUAAGCAAGCUACAAAAGCCACACGAAUGAAACAACAUUUGGGCUUCACAAAACCCAAAGCCCAAACCCAAGCUCACAAUAUCAGUUUUUGUGACAAGACUGAUAGCAUCUCAACUGCUGAAAUGAACAAACAACCUACAGAACUACAGAAAAUUCAGAAGCAACUUGUCAGUCUUCAGUCUCAAAUUGCAACAUUAAUGCAACUCAAAGAAAAUAAACCUACAAUGAACCAAGGAGAGAAAACCAAAAACAAAAAGCCUAGUGACAGGAAGGAAUCAUCUAGUGUGAAGCAAUCUCCAGUCAAACCUAGCUCUGUGUCCAAACGACCAAGACCAUGGUAUUGCUUUCACUGUGGUGAAGACGGACACAUUAAAACAUCUUGCAACAAUCCUCCCGACCCUGCACUUGUGAAUGCCAAGAGACAAGAGCUGAAAGCCAAACAAGAAGCUUGGGAGAAGAGCAACGCAGCAGAUAAUUUAAACGUAGCUGUUUCCAUUGAGGGGCAAAUGGGAACAGAAGUGAAAGAAAGUCCCAAAACUAACACUGUGCACAAAUCCAGAAUUUCACUAAAACAACACCAAACAGUCCAAACAAGAACAAUUCCAAAAGGGCUUGUUGGCACCAAAACUGCAGCUAACAUUAAAGUCAAUGGAAUUGAAUGUAAUUCACUACUCGAUACCGGUUCACAGGUCACCACGGUUUCAAAAUCGUUUUACAAUUUGCACUUGUCAGACCAAAUAAUGCACCCAAUUAGUGAUAUUCUUGAAGUGGAAGGAGCAACUGGUGAUUUGGUCUCCUAUGCUGGUUAUGUACAGUUAAAUGUACAAUUUCCUAAAGAGUUCAUUGAUUGUGAACCUCAAAUUCAAACUCUAGCCUUGGUUGUGCCAGAUGUUCGCUCCAACAGCGACACUCCAAUACUGAUUGGAACUAACACUUUAGAUCCACUUUAUGAACAGUACUGUGACUCCAUACCUUCAAUUAACCCUUAUUGUGGUUAUCAUCAAGUACUGAGGAUUUUACGAUUUAGACAGGAUCAACAAGAUGACCAGUUUGGGUUUGUAAAAUUGCGAAGCAGGAAACCAGAUGUUAUUCCAGCUGGUCAAAAAGUUGUAUUAGACGGGUUUGUUAAUGUCAGUGGUGUCAGCAAUGAAAAAUGGGCAUUGCUUGAACAACCCACCCUGUCAUCAUUACCGGGUGGAAUCUUUAUUGACAGUUGUCUCAUUACUCUACCGGCCUGUUUCCCACACAAAAUUCCAGUUGUGCUUAAUAAUGAGACCAACCGUGAUAUUUCUUUGCCCAUUAAUUGUGUUGUUGCCAAACUUAGUGUACCCCAGAAAAUUACUGACAUCCAGAACGUUCCGCUAAGUCAGAAAUGUGAAGGAAGUUCUGAAGAGUUUGCUAAACCGACAAAUCAACAGACAUAUGACACAUCAGGAAGUCUAAAAUUUGAUUUUGGAGAUUCCCCACUUCCAGAAGAGUGGAAGGCUAGAAUCAUUAAAAACUUGAAUACAUACUCUGAUGUUUUCUCUCAUGAUGAUCUCGAUUUUGGUCAUGCAACUAAAGUUAAACACAGAAUACAGCUAAAAGAGGAUACUCCUUUUAAACAGAGACCUCGUCCUAUACAUCCUCAGGAUUACAACGCUGUAAGACGUCACCUCCAAACGCUCCUAGAUGCUGGGGUUAUACGCGAAUCAGAAUCACCAUUCUCAUCUCCUAUUGUUGUUGUAAAAAAGAAGAAUGGUGAUAUUCGUUUGUGUGUCGAUUAUCGAAAAUUGAACAGCCAGACUAUCAAAGAUGCGUACGCUUUACCUAACCUUGAAGAAUCAUUCUCGGCACUCAAUGGGUCUCAAUGGUUCUCGGUUAUGGAUUUAAAAUCGGGCUACUAUCAGAUAGAGAUGGAGGAGAGCGACAAGGCGAAAACAGCAUUUGUAUGUCCGCUUGGUUUCUGGGAGUGGAAUAGAAUGCCACAGGGAAUAACUAAUGCGCCAAGCACCUUCCAGCGCUUAAUGGAGAAGUGCAUGGGUGACAUCAACUUGCGCGAAGUUUUGGUUUUCCUUGACGACAUAAUAGUUUUUUCAAAAACUUUAGAGGAACAUGAGAUUCGUUUAGCCAAAGUUCUUGAACGGUUACGAGAAAAUGGUUUGAAAUUGUCACCAGAGAAGUGCCGUUUUUUUCAAACGUCAGUUCGAUACCUCGGACAUAUUGUGUCUCGAAAUGGAGUGGAAACCGAUCCAACAAAGAUCGAAGCUUUAAAAACCUGGCCGAAACCUCAGACACUUAAGGAACUGAGAUCAUUUUUAGGCUUCGCUGGGUACUAUCGCCGGUAUGUGGAGGGAUAUUCAAAAAUCACAAAGCCCUUAACCAACCUUUUGACAGGCUACCCACCUAGCCGUAAAAUGACCAAAGUAUAUAAAAAUGCCGAUCAGUACCACGACCCAAAAGGCCAAUUCGGAGAAAGAUGGACAGCUGAUUGUCAAAAUGCAUUUGAAGACAUAAUCGAGAAAUUAACGUCAUCUCCAGUUCUCGGUUUUGCUAAUCCCGAGAAACCUUACGUCCUUCAUACGGACGCCAGCACAACGGGACUUGGGGCGGCAUUGUAUCAGGAGCAGGAUGGGCAGAACAGAGUUAUUGCUUAUGCGAGUAGGGGUCUUUCAAAGAGCGAAGCCCGAUACCCAGCACACAAGCUGGAAUUUCUAGCUUUAAAAUGGGCUGUUACUGAGAAGUUUCACGAUUACCUGUAUGGAAAUACAUUCACGGUUGUAACAGACAACAAUCCACUCAGGUACAUUCUCACCACUGCAAAGCUAGAUGCAACCAGUUACCGUUGGUUGGCCAACCUGUCUACUUACUCCUUUGAUAUCAAAUACCGGGCGGGAAAACAAAACCAGGAUGCUGAUGGGUUAUCAAGAAGGCCACAUGGAGAAUUGAUCAAUGACCAAAUCUCUCAAGACGAAAUAAUGAGAAUUCGUGAUUUCACCUCACACCAUUUAGUUUCUGAAGACGUAGUCAAGGCAAGCUGUCAACAUCAUACUUUGGUACAAGAAGAAGAGCUAGGUCAGUCUCCUUGUUUUAUAGAGUCACUAGCACUCCAUCCGGAUGCUAUUCCAGCCGCCUUUGAAGAAGAUGGAGAGAUAUCUGAUGAACUUUUCACAUUCCCAAAGUAUAGUGAUGCUGAAUUAGCUAGACUACAGCAAGCAGAUCCUGUGAUUUCUACUGUCAUUAAGUCCCUUGAGUCAGGGGAUCCCGUACCUGACAGCUUAAAGUUAGAGCUGCCAGAGCUUUGUCUGAUGCUUAGAGAGUUACCUCGUCUAGAACUGAAAAAUGGACUUUUAUUCAAGAAACGGCAUUGUGGCAACACAAUAGUGUAUCAAUUUGUUCUUCCACGUGCAUUGAGAUCAUCCAUUUUCACUAGUUUGCAUGAUGAGAUGGGUCAUCUUGGAAUAGAUCGUACUCUUGAUUUGGUCAGAUCCCGGUUUUACUGGCCAAAAAUGGCGUCUGAGAUUGAGCUCAAAAUCAAAACCUGUGCACGAUGUGUUAAAAGAAAGAAACAACCAGACAAAGCUGCACCUUUGGUCUCCAUCACAACUAGCCGUCCAAUGGAGCUAGUCUGUAUGGACUUUUUGUCAUUAGAGCCAGACAGUCACAACACAAAAGAUGUUCUCGUUAUUACUGACCAUUUUACAAAGUAUGCAGUAGCUAUCCCAACGAGAGACCAGAAAGCAUCUACAGUAGCACGUUGCUUAUGGGAACAAUUUUUCAUCCACUACGGAUUUCCCGAACGUCUACUGAGUGAUCAAGGUCGUGAUUUUGAAUCUGUGCUCAUCAAAGAACUUUGUACCUUACUCGGUAUAAAGAAAAUAAGGACAAGUCCAUAUCAUCCACGAGGAAACCCAGUUGAGCGGUACAACCGUACGCUUCUCAGUAUGCUGGGAACUCUACAAGAGAAACAAAAGAUGAAGUGGCGUGAUUAUGUGAAACCUCUAACUCACGCAUACAACUGCACGAAAAAUGACGUAACAGGGUUCACACCCUAUGAACUCAUGUUUGGCCGGCAACCACGGUUACCGAUUGACAUAGCUUUUGGGUUGCCGGUCAAGGAGGGCUCCAUUCCAACACACGCUCAAUAUGUGAAAAAUUUGAAAUCUUACCUGAAAUCAAGCUACCAGAUUGCGACAGAAAAUGCAAAUAAAGUGGCUGACAAGAACAAGAAAACCUUUGAUGUGCGGAUAAGAGAAAGUACUCUAGAGAUAGGCGAUAGGGUACUAGUGCGUAAUGUCCGUCUCAGGGGUAAGAAUAAACUUGCUGAUCGUUGGGAGUCAACCAUUUAUGUUGUCCAAAAGAGAGCAAGUGAUUUGCCAGUGUAUACUGUGUGCCCUGAAGGUCAAGAUGGACCAACACGUACUUUGCACCGGGAUCUAUUGUUACCUUGUGGAUUUCUUCCCGAAAAUGAGGAAACACUUGCUAAGCCAAAGACUACCACCAAGAGUAGAACAAGAAAUGACACGCAAAUGGAUGAUGACCAUCAAUUUCAUUCUCUUGAUGAGGAUGAAGAUGAAAUUCAGUUCUGUUCCCCGGACAUUGAGACGGUGUUUCACCCUGUCGAACCCAUGGUAAAACUAACAAUACCAACAAAGGAUAGAUUAAAACCUGUACCAAACUUGGAAAAAGUACCCGAUGUGGAAAUGGAAAAAUCAAUUCCAGUGAAACAACCCAAUCUGUCAGAGUCGAUCAACACUCAAUUCCAAAAAUCGGUUGUGGAAGAAAAUGGACACUUAUCCCACGAUUUAGCAGGAGAAUGUCAAUCACAUUCUAAUGAUUCCAAGCCAAAUGAAGAAAAUGGAAUACAAACUGAAAAUCCACUAACCGAAAUGGAAGAGAAUGUGUUUAGGAUUGAAACAGAGGACCUAACUAAUGCAAAAGAAAAUGAAAUGGGAAGCAAAACUGAUCAAGUUCUUGUUGACAACUCCUUCCAAAGUUCAGCUGAAUUUGCAGAGGUUACACAAGAGAGUAACCCUUUACCUGCAGAAGAUACAGGUGAAAGUGAUCAAUAUUCCCAACAAUCAUUACGCAGAUCUGUACGCCAACGAAAACCACCUGAAAAACUUACUUAUUCUCAGUUAGGAAAACCAUUCCUUUCUUUGAUUCAAACUGUUUUCGAUGGUUUCAAUACAGCAUUAGGCGAAAUGUUUGAAGAGAGAUUGAGAACAGAAGCACAUGAAGGGACUCAUGUUAUUUAAGGGGGGGAGGAUGUAACCCAGAGCAAAAUAUUGAAGCAUUAUACCCAAUAAUGUAGGCCAGAGAAAAAUAUUAAAGCGUUAUACCCAAUAACAACAAUAGAGGGCAUGAGCGACACUUGAAUGAAGUCAGAGACUCACAACUAUGACGUCAGCGCAUGCGCACUUCCUUUUGGAACGUUGGCUUUUCUAACUAAGGGGGAAAAGUUUUGUUCGCCCAGAAAGAAAUGAGAAAAAGAGAAAAAAAAGCAAAUUGACGAAUGCAUCAACUGUUGCUGUGUGGCGUCUGUUGCGUGAAGCGAAUUCAGGCGGUCACGUGGUGAAAAUAUUGAGCAGAAACCACUCGGUAAGAUGUGGAAACAAUUCGCUAAUUCGCUAAUGCUAAAUUUGCAUUCAUGGCUAACUGCUAGCGCCUUAUUCAUGCAGGCCAAAAGCCUUGUGUGAGAAGAAGAGGACCAGGCGUCGUCAGUUAAGACUAUUCGGUCAGGUUUUUUUUCUGAUUGGAAAAAAAAGAAAGAUCAUCAGAUUGGAUUCAACGAUGGCGAGCUAACCCAGAGUGAUUUGAAGAACCAAGAACAUCGAAAAUUCUGGAAUAACAGACGGACUGUCUGUGUGGUAGGAUUGUAUCAGUCAUCGGACUGAUACAUACAUUUUUUUUCUUCGAAAAGAGUGCACUCCAACGAACAUUGAAAACUACUGCAAUAGUAUAAACUUGAGACAUUGAAUUAGUUGCGAUUGCAACUAAUAUUCGACGAAUUUGACUUUGACAAACACUUGACUGAGACCCAACACGACUGUUUUUUCUUGUUAAUUUUAUAGUGUGUUAAAUAAUAGUUCAUUGUGUGUUUUUGUUAAAAUUGUUCAUUGUGUUGUUCAUUAAAAAUCUACAAAAAAGCAUUCCAAUUGCCUAAACCUGAUGUUAGAUGUGGUUAUCGUAGCCAAACCAAAUAAACCGAACCUAGAUUGCAGCUCCUAUCGGUAUACAUACACAAGGGUAUAGAUAGGGGCUACACAUGUAUUAUACGUCAUUUUAAUAAAAUAAAGUAAAAAAUGGAUAGAUGUGUAGAUAUUACUCCCCCCUUGUAACACUGAUCACAACAUAGUUCUUCCUACAACUAACAUUUAUUAAUGAUAAUAAAAUGAAAUACAAUAAUGACAAAGAGCGUACAAUGUUGCUUUAAAGUAAAUCAACAGAGACAUAUUUGCCUACAAAAACAUACCUCAAAACCUGCACAAUGAAACCGAGGGAAAUAAGGUCCAAAUUUUGGCAGCUAUUAGUGGCACCGGUCCAACGGUGAAAACGAACGCUACUCAAUAAGCUAGCAGGCUAAUAGCGAACUAAUAGGGGAGAGCAUGGCCGAGCCCACGCCGUUUACAGUUUCCCUGCCUUCUUGAAAUGUUAACUGGCGUUCACCCCCGCUUCCCAAUGUGAAAGCAACGCUCGAAACUAACAGAAAAUAGCGCUGGCGUGACGUCAAACGAGUCCGAGUGCAAUAAAGGAAAGCGGACCGCACAUACAGUAACAUAAUGAAAUACAAGCUAUGCAUAAUAAUUGCUGUAGAGAUCAAUCAUUUAGAUUAAUCAGACCCAAUAAAUAACAAAAAAAAAAAAAGACAAAAAAAUAUACUGUACCCACCAUCAAUGCCGAGAGUUGGUGUACGAGACACUGUUACGCGAAAAAAAAACGACUGGAAAAAAAACAGAGGACGAAACAAGCGUGUAUUAGACGUCAUUGUACUGUACUAGCCAAGACGAUGUCCAAGUCCAACCUAGACAGCGAGCUCAACUCCGAAAUGACGAUGUCAGACGUCCGUGUGGUUUGCUGACUUUAUUCAGCUACUGAUGAAAUUAACAUUUGCAGAAGGAAACUAAAAUAAAAAUCAAAUCAGUUUCAUCUUCAAUAACAGCAAUCAUAAUUUGCGUUUACAACUAGCUGCUAAUACAGCAAUAAUGAUCCAAACAAACGAUUAGCAUGUAUCAGUUAGCGUUUGCACAUCAUCAAAAACAAUCACCCAAACUCGCUCCAAGAAUUCGACAGUACAAAAAUGUGUUAUAUACAGGUGCCUUUGUGGGUGCAUCACAAGGAAGAAAUGUGCGCGCAGGCAUGCAGCUGUAAUCUUUCCCCUCUUCGUGUGCGUAAAUACGUUCUUCUUCGUGUGUACCGUUUUUUUCGGACUAUAAGUCGCAGUUUUUUUAAUAGUUUGGCUGGGGAAAUUAUUAACACAUUAAGAUAUCAUUUCACAUGUUAUUUUGGUGUUUUGGAGUGACACUGAUAGUUUGGUAAACUUGUUAGCGUGUUAUUUUUGCUAUAGUUAUCUGAAUAACUCUUAAUAGCUAUGGCCACGUUCGCGUUCUGCCUUUGGAAACGUGUGUUCAAUUGUAUGUAAGUCAAUUGACUUUUUUAUAUAGAAAUGCAUGCUUUUAGUUUGUGGCGCUUUCACGCCCACGUGGGGUCGCACUUGUUUACGCGAAGAAGAGCGCUCACACGCCAGAAGAAGACUGACAGCUACACAACGUCUGAGAGAGAGAGAGAGAGAGAGAGAGAGAGAGAGAGAGAGACAGAGACAGAGACAGAGAGAGAGAGAGAGAGAGAGAGAGAGGCAGGCAACGCCUGUGUGAAUCAUCUUUUCUGUUGUUGUGUGUUUUCCACCCGCGAUCGGACACUUACAGCCAGUUGUGUAGUUGUUUGUACGAUGUGCUAAUGCUAGCGAACGCAUGCUAACCGUUUGUGUCAUUGCUGUAAUAGCACCUAAUUGUCAUUUAAUUAUGUUGAUGCGAACCUGUUUAGUAUCAAGGACGAAAUUCAUUCAGCAAAUUAUACAGACGUACAGCAUCGUCAUUUGGGAGUUUAGCUCGCUGUAUAGCCAGAACCGAGCCAUAGCGUCCUGGUGAGGGCAGUAUAUUCCUAUUUCGUUGUUCAUACACUGUACACUUAUUCAGCAUGUUGUUCUUCUUGGAAUCCGCCCACCCACGAAGCCGCACGGAAAACGGCAACAGCCGAACGAAGGUGUGCUCCGCUGAUUAACGCUUCCAUGCGCUAACUGGGAGGGGCGGAAAUUCCGCGGGUUCACUCCCUGUGUUAACCCUUUGUACUGACUCCAUGUCCAAAAGUUUGAAGAAGACUCACCGAAAGCAGGUUGACAAUUUAUCCGUCGACAAUGGUCAAAAAACAAUGCAAAAACAGACGACGGAGGAACAAUGCUAAAUCCAAAACAAGGCUACAUAGAAAAUGUUUCAGAGCAGCAAAUCUGUGUUAUCUCAGUGUCCAGUGUUUUUUAAGUCUGUGGUAGAGUAGGCCGGGCCAAAGGUGUGGCUGAGUGUUGUUUCGGGGCCAUCCCUCUGUGGCCAGUUUUGGGCAGUUAGAUUCGUCUGUGGAUGGGACGUGGUUGCCACAGCGACCGACGCUGGUCUUGACGUCCCAAGCGCCUGCUAUCAACUUUGUUAUCCGGGCUGGCUCUACUUGUUUUAGGACAAGGCGCGCUGCUCUUUGUCCUUGUUGGUGUUCUCGGGAGAACUGAUUGCGAUAGUUGGUGCGUCAAUCUUGCUCGUGACGCACGCGUUGGGCUUCUGUGAUAAGAUGGCGUUGUGUAUCUAUUCUGCUUCUUUUCAUUAAACUAUGGUGUGCUAUUUAUUUUAUAUUAGGUGUGUUUAGAGUAGUUCAGUCCUACAGUAAAUAUGAGAAAUGAUACUAUUCCCUGAUUAAUUAUAUUACGUGUGUUCGAGUAAUGCAAACAGUUAGACGGUGACUACGAGAAACGGUACCAUUUUUCCAUUUCCCCCUCAUGAGCCCCGAUAAGGUGAUUCACUUUACUGUGUUCAAGGCCAUGGAGUGAAGUCUGCCUAAACUAUCGUUAGAUGAAUGUGUUAGACUAAUGCAAACAAUUAUAUGGUGUGUGUGAGAAUGGUUCAUAUUCCCUUAAUUCUCUAUUGUAUUUUUAUAUAAAAUUGCCUUUCAAGAUGACCUAUCUGUUCUAUGUGUUGGAUUUUAUCGAGUAAAAUUUCCCCCAAAAAUGCAACGUAUACUCCGGUGCGACUUGUAUAUGUUUUUUUUCUCUUCGUUGGGCAUUUUAUGGCUAGUGCGACUUAUACUCAGGUGCGACUUGUAGUCCGAAAAAUACGGUACAAGCACUCUUACUUACGUGCGGAAAUGCUACCUGUUCUACGCUUCCUGCGACAAAAUAAAAGCAUGCAUCACAGACAAAGAUCAACAUUAUUUAAAAAAAAAAAAAAAUUGGAGACAAAAUGGCGGACGGGACUCCGGUGUCGUAAAGUCGACGCCACGUAAGUCAGGUACAUAGUAACCUGGGGACUACCUGUAUUGUGUUAAUAAUUUCAUAGAUAAGUCUCUCCAAAGUAUAAGUCACACCACCGGGCAAACUAUGAAAAAAAAUGCGACUUAUAGUCUGAAAAAUACUGUAGUUUGUCACUAGUGGAGAGUAAACCUCUAUUUUGGAAAAAAAAUUAGUAUCACUUCAAUCUAAGUUUCCCUUUUUAUUACGCAGAGUAAGCAUUUAAAUACUUACUUUGCUGUGGGUCUUCACAGUCUAAUCAUUUGCCAUCACCAAAACCGGGCCAAAGAAAGAUACUUAUAAUGAAUGAGCUGCUUGCAGUGAAUAAUGUGGGUCAAAUAAAACUGAGCGAACAUGUGCCACAAGCAUUAAAAUAGAAUAGUAAAUAAAGACUGUGUGAACAAAGAGUAGGUUCUGGAGGGAGUAGGAAGCAGGGUUCUAAGACUCCAGCCUAGGGAAAACGCUGGAUGCGCAGCUGCUGUGUGGAGAUUUUUUGAAAUUUGAAGCGACUUUAAAGGCAUUCACAAGCUUGUAUUCCAAAUGCUUUACAGGAAAUACAUCAGCAAUGAAUGUACAUCGUUUUAUAUCCUGCUAACCAAUAAGUGGUUUAAAAUUAAACAAUAAAUUCUACUCCACCGUUGCCUUGAAAUAACCGUUAUUAUUGCUACUCGUAAAUUUGGGGUCUGUUACACUGUUACAGAUGGGCAUGUUGUUGUUUUCAAGUGCAUCCCUCUGGGGGGGAUUGCCCAAAAAUAGAAAUUAUAGUGACAAUGAUUUGUUUAAAAAAAACUGCACAAAAAAUACUGUAUUAUGCAUAUGAAAGCCUUUUACUGGACUCCGGAAAAUAUUUAAUGUAUGAUGCUUUUAUGAACUCUUCCAGUGUCACUGACGAUGAUAAACGUCCAAUCAUGUGGUACUUAAAAACUAAACUAAUACUCAUUAAAUGAGUGCAUUCAUUCAGUCGCUGCCAAACCUCCCACUUCAAAUGGAUUGGAUGUCUAGCGCCAUCAAUGGCUGUCAAUGACUUAACAAGGAAAAUGCUAACAUACUUUGAUUACUAUUAAUCAUAUACAGUGAUCCCUUACUUAUCAAUGGGGACCCAAAGUGAAGUGAAAAACUGCGAAGUAGUGUCAUCCCUAGCCAUCCCUAGCCCAAUUUUUAACAGAAAUGUUUGGUGUAUAUAUAGUAUGAUAUCAAUAAGUGUAUAUAAAACCCUAUAAAUGCCUUUAUUAUCAUUAGAACAUUAGAGAAUAGUUUAAGACAAUAAUACACACACACAAAAAAAAAAAUAAUGUAUAAGUAAAACGUUCAUUCUCUCACGCUCUCUCAUUUGAUGAGGGUGCGUGUGUGUGUGGGGGGGGGGGUGCUUGUGCCUGUUAGUAUACAUACAUACAUAGUAAGCCUGUACGAUAUAUCGUUUAAACAUCGCCAUCACGAUGUGUGCGUGCGUGAUAGUCCCAUCGCAAGGACGUGCGAUGGGACGUGUUUUUAUUUUUUUAAAUCCACAUUCACCCUGCUUUCUGCUCUGCGCAGAGCCUCACACCCUCCCUCUCCCAGCUCUUUGAACCUCACAGUCACUGCAGCACUUGCUUAUUAAAGUUAACGAUGCCGGUAUCUUUGAUCUUGCCAAAGAAGCGGACAUCACAGCGCAGCAGCUGUCAAUCAUCGUUUAACUUGUAAAACAGUUUCUGCAAGGAAGCCGCUUUGGAGUGAAUGUGAGUGUGUGUGGAGACGUUUGAGACAUAUAAAUUAAAUGCCAGAAGACAUUAUUAUUAUUAUUAUUAUUUUUAUUAUUAUCAUGAGGAGUUUGUAAUUUCUACAUGUCCACCAAGAGUCACAGCUAAGGUAGAUAAACAGAAGUAUUUAAUAAAGCCAAGCAUUUUUCUACUACAGUACUUUAUUCUUGUUCAAAAAUGAUUUGGUUGGACAGUUAUGUUUAAAACUGAUCAUAAUUAUUACAUUUGAAGUGCUUAAAACUAUUUAUUAAUAUAUAUGGUAAAUGGUGUUAUAUACAUUAUGUAUAUUUUAAAUGUAUAUUUAUACAGUACAUUGUACAUUUUUUAAAAUCAUACUUUGGGGAAAAAGUGAGAAAAAAAUAUGCCUUAUAUGCAGGGGUGCACAUAAUUUUUUUGCCCAGGUUCUCAGAGGAGGACCUGGAGAUGUGACUUGGUCCUCAUUGAGCUCGAGAGCCGACUCGCCUGAUGCGAUAAAUUUAUGACAAGCUUUACUUAGAGCCAAUUAACUUUAAUUAAUUAUAUUAACAAUUAAUGCUUGAUUAACAUCAACUGGCACAACAAAAUUGUCAUUACUUUGAAGUGAAAUGUAAAGAAAUAAGAAGCACCAAUUCAAAAUAAAGGGCAUUAUGCGGCUCCCACAUUAACUCCAAGCCUUUUUAAAAGUGGGAUAUCCUCCUCAUAAGACCUCAUUGAACGUGCAUGUUUAGCUUUGUAAAAUGCGAGCAAAAACAUGUUUGUCAGUGCAUGUCGCUGUUCAUUACCUUUAUUCCACCACUUGUCCAUAGGGCGAGUGGGGUCCUGUUUGACAUCGAUAGUUUGCUUAAUUGCCACAUGCUCUGUUUUUUUCGUGCUUUUCAAAGUUUGGAUGGCUGAAAUUCUUUGACCCUACAUAAAAUGCGCUGCUCUUAUCGGCGACAUUGGGAUUCUCACGGCACAUUUUGUACCGCAUUUCCGUGCGAGCAUCAUUUGCUUCUAGCCAUGGUACCUCCUGUAGCCACUUUUCAGCAAAAGUCCUUUUUUUCGGUAGCUCCGGUGAAGUCUCUGUCGUCUGUCUUUUGACGGGGGUGGGGGAACACGGAAGUAAUUUAGUGAUGGCCAAAUGAAGCCUCAUGAAGCAAUGAAGCUUUGCAGCCAAUUGGUUUGCACAUGUAGCAAAGCUUCAUGGUGCUUCAUUUACCCUAUGGCGCCAUCAAGUGGUCUAGAAGCCCAAGAGGUCAACAUUGUUAAGAAUUCAAUGGCUAUUUGCUUAAGACAAAGAUAUGAAUGUGCUUGUGUUAGUAAUUUAGUAUGUGAACAAAAUACAACAAGUGCUAAGGGUAAUUUGUUAUUCAUUUUUAUUUAGAAAUAAUAGCUUUCCCACAGUGGCUGGCUUUAAACAGUUUCUUUUUUUUUUUUGGAAAAUAUUUCACCAGCUUUAGAAAAUAUUCUUUCACAAGGCACAGAUGAAGCUGGGGUGCAGAGAAAUGUGAGUGCCAGUUUAUAUAAAUUUGGGUAGGUAUUCUUUUGUGCCUCCCAGUACACUAAUGGAUUGUUCAUUCUGUUGAUGUUUGGUUCAGAUAGGUACACACACACACUCACAUUUAUAUUAAAGUAGUUUUUCUCCCUUACCUUAUUGAAAGCAAUCAAAUCAAAAUGUUCCCAUACAGGGGAGGAUGGCUCUUUUCGCGCAGGUUCCAUCGCAAGCAAAGGACAAGGCUCGAAAAAAGAUUGCACUGGUUGCACUGUUGCACACAGAUGUAACAAGUACAGGAGCCCGAAAUCCACAAAAUGUGAGAUAACAGGCGAUCGCCAUUGCGUUUUGCAACCAAUUUAUACCGUAGUCUGUCCUGUUUUUGCAAUGUGCGCCAAACGUUGGAUCACUUCCGAAGCACUCACGAGAUUCAGCCGGCCGCUGGCCGCCGGCAAGGCUUCCCACGUCAUCAUUUCCGGGUUUUGCCGAAAUGAAGCGCGCCUCGCUACAAGCUUCGUGGAAACCCCCCUCCCAUUACUCGACACAAGCUUCGGAACCUCGGCUCAUUUUGUCCCAUCACUAAAGUAAUUACUCAGUGUGGCCUGCCUCUUCAAAAUUUUGAGAAGUUAUUUUCUCAUGUCUGCCGCAAAUACAGUGGUCAGCCAUCGGUACGCAAAAGCGUAUGGAAGCCGUUGAGGGCCAGAGCAUUUGUCUACGUCCAGUACGCAUGCGGACCACUUAUGUGCACCCCUGCUUAUAUGUAUCUCUUUCCAAUGCUACAUCUGAAGAAAUACAUUGAGCACACACAUAAAAAAAAUUGGGGGGCGGGGUGCGCAACUUCGCGGUUUUUCACUUUUUGCGGCGGGUUCUGGUUCCCAUUAACCGCAAAAAACGAGGGAUCACUGUACACUGGUCAUUGUGAGUCAUCCAAAGUCUUUCCAAACAGCUAUUCAAGUCAUCUAGUGAAAAUUUCUUUAUAAAAAUAUAUAUACAUUUUUUUUUAUAUCGCAAUAUAAUAUCGCAAACCCCCCCAAAAAUCACAGCAAUAGUUUUUUCCAAUAUCGUUCAGGCCUAAUACAUAGUAAAAUGUACAGAAAUGUGUUUUUAGAGCUCUUAUAUUGUUAUAACAUCAUAUGUAACUCCAGUCCACGAUGCAUUUAGGGCGCAAAAGCUGAGUGGCGAAGUAGCAAAGGAUCCCUGUAUACCCCAUGACAACAAAUUUCCAUACCUAUCAACCCGAGGUUGUUGGCAAUCUUACUAAUAGUGACGUAUGCCCUUACAAAUUGGUGACUAAUCUAACGUUUUAUAUAGCUUGCAAUAUGAAACAAAAAUAAAACUCCAUUUUUAAAAUAAUAUGAAUUUAUUGGUAAUAUUGUCUCAUAUAACCUGGUGCAAUAAAAAAACAGUAUCUUUAGCUACAUCACGAUAACUAAAAUUUAACAGAGGCUUUUGUUAUAAUUGUAUGUAGCACUUUUGGCAAUUUCUAUGAUGCCUUAUGAUGGCUGGUUUGACUUGAAGGUAGUUCGUUAGUGUGUCCAAUUAUAAAUUAAAAAGGUCAUUUGAUAAAAUUAACUUACCGAUGCAAUCUUUGAGUCAGGGAAAUUUCUUUUGCUAAUUCUGAGAAGUGAUCAGCAAUAGUUGCAUCCAAAUUGUGUUCCGCAACAAAUUGGCAGAAUGAAAUCUCCACUUUCAUCACUUUUCAUUCUGCAGACUUCAUCUUUAUGACCAGUGUUGUUAAUCAUAGUUUUUAAAAGUAAUUAAUUAGUUACAAAUUACUUCUCCCAAAAAGUAAUUGAGUUAGUAACUCAGUUACUUGAAGGUAAGAAUAAUUAGUUACUUGGCAAAGUAACUCGUGUUACCUUUCAUGUUUUUUUUUUUUUUUUUCAUUUAAAAAUAAAUAAAUAAAUAAAACAUAGUAAACUUUGCUAUGUCUAGAAAUCGUUUAAUGUUGUGAAUCAACUGUUAAAGUUGUUAAAAUUGCUACAGUUUUUGCAUUCCUUCCCUUCUGUCUACUUUCGACAUGUUAAAGUUUUAAAACUGUUUCAUCAUUUAAAGAUAGAUUCAAGUCAAGAAUUUGCCGAUUUAGGAGUAUUUUAGAUAAAAAGUUAAUUAAGUUCGCUUGGAACGUUCACUAUAACAGAGCCUUUCUGAGAAGUCUACUGCUUCAAAAUGGCGGCUGUUUAUUAACGCCGCCGUCUGUCAUUUUGCAUGUAGUUCUAUAAGCAUUUGAUACAUAGGCGUAGAUUGUAGGCUGUCGGCUACAGUCAGGAAAUAUUGGAGCCACCUAGCAUCGCGUUUGCUACAGCGUCACAACGCUCUUCUCUCUCAGUGUCUCUGACUUUUCUCGCGUCAUUCAACCAACGUAGUAACGCACAUUGUCUCGUUGCUGAAACGGUGACAAAAUCCGAAUGGAGAAAAAACUUAAUGCACGAAAAAUGUAUAGAUUUUGAACGUACGGCGUACACAUUUAAAAAUCAGUGCUCACUUGUACAAAUUACGCCGAAACCGUACAAUUUGACAAAUAUGAAUUUCUGGUGAGCUGUGGUGGUGCAAAAACAAAAAAUAAAACUGAUUAUAGAUACUUUUGCAAUCAAAUAUAAUACAACAUUUCAGUCUUACAUACUUCUUGAUUAUUUUCAAUGUUUUUAAUAACUCUAGUCUUGAUUUCAAAAGUGAGUAGCAGCAGACUUCUUGAAUUUGCAUCUUGACUGGCAAUACGAUAUUUACAACACAGGUAAAAUCAAUGAUGCUGCAUUGUGCCAUGUUUCAUACAUCGUGUUUUCCAUUCACCAUCCUGCCUCCCCCGACUAGUCACUGAUCGCAUUUAACAUCAGCCUUGUGGGGGGAAAUAGAGGAUUAGCAACAACUGCUCACUUAUUCUCUAUGUAUCUUCCAGGCUUCCAAAUCCAGUGCAAGCUAUUGUUAUUUUAAGUAGCUUGGCAAUUGGGUGCAGAGGCAGGCUCUAAUUGUUCCUCGGAGUGGAAGGAUGCUCGCGAUUUGGAGCUACCUCUCCGACUAUUUAUGCUCCAUCAUGAUGUGAAACUGUGCAUCUGAGAAAAGCCGACUGCCAGGACCUCUCACUCCAAUAUUCGCUUCAUACAUAAUAAAUAAGUCACUGUAAGUUACAGUACGGCAGUAUAACUAGGCUAAUGCCCAGAUUUGCAUAUUUGUGCUGAAUUCCAUAAUUCAUGAAAAUGCAGCAGGCAGAAAUCCGCGGUGCUAAGACCUUUGUCCAUAUGCUGCACAUCACUUAGAGACGCAUAUCCACCAUGUGCAGGCACAGAACCGCAUCAAAAGCAAGUCUGAUUCUGUCAUUGACUCUUGGAUGGUAAAUCUUUAUCAACAACCUCAGUGUAUGAACUCAGCCUUGAGGGCAGAGACUGUUGCUAGCUUUUUAAAGCCCAUAUGUAUGAUUAUUCUAAAAAUAAAGUCAAACAUAAAAGAGAAAAUGACUGACCAAAUAAUGGUGUUUCAGUCCAUACAGUACAUUUACACCCCUGUAUUAUAGGUGCAGCUCUAUUUGCUCAUUCUUGUACCAAAAAGAGAAACAACAUUUGGGUUUGGGUUUGAGUGGCAGUCUACAAGCCAUGAGUAAAAUCAUUUUAAAUAAUUAAUGAAGCUGUAGGGUAUCAUUAAAAAGAGGGCAUAGCUAUGUUUGGAAAAUACUGCAUUAACAAGCUAUCUGAGCCAAUUACUCUUGCUUAAAUUAACUUUGGGCAAAUUAAAACUGUCAUUCACUUGUAACGCUCAUUUUGCCAGCGAUGCACUAAGGGCUAUAUUCUCUAGUUUGUGUGUAAGCUUUGGCUCGCACACUUUUCAUCUAUACUUAUGCUUCCAUCCAGACUUUUGACACACCAAACAACCAGGGAAUUAAUACGCCAACACCAAAGUGAACUAACAAAACAAAACAAAACAAAACAA